AUGGCGAAAAAAGGGAAGGCUAAAAAUGGGGCAGCCACUGCCGAAGGAGAGCAAACUUCUGCACCGGUUGAGGUGGCGUCUGCCACCCCAUCUGUUCCUACGAGACCGGUGGCCGAUGGAAAACCUGUCCUUGCCGCCUCAGCUCCUGCUCCUGUCAAAGAGGUGAAGAUUGACGUGAAGCCCGUGACGGAGAAAAAGCCCAACCCACCGAGGAGUGUUCCACAGGGAACGACAACCUGUGCCGCGGAAGCGAGUGGUUCCGAUGGGGAGAGUGGUGAGUUGAAGCGGAAAAGAAGCCGCCGAAGCCGCAAGAAGAAGCCGGCAGAAACGGAGGAUGGGUCUGAACAACAAUCGAAGGAUAAAGCCUCCUCGGCUGCCACAGUCAAGAAGAACCUGCGCAAAAAGCGCAGCAAGCUUAUGCGGGCCCUAGAACAGACCGAAUUGAACGCUCCGAAGGUUGUCCCGGAGGGCAAGACGCCACCUACCGCCGAAGAGCUCCGGAAGAAGAUACAGAUCGUGGAGAAUUUGCUGCAGCAUUUGCAGGUGCAAACCCAGGAAGAGCAGAAGGUGGUUGAGAAGCUGACGAGCGCCAAAAACGAACAGGCCCAGCAGCAAAAGAAGGAACAGCCGAGCCGGAAGGAAACGGCUCCGUCCCCCAAAACACUGAACUCUGAGAAGGCUCGAAAGGAAGCGGAGGCGAAAAAAUUAGCCAACGAGAAGGUAGAAAUCCAGAACGAGGCGAAGCGUCUGGCACAGGACAAAGCCCGCAAGGAACAGGAGAUGAAACGGUUGAUCGAGGAAAAGGCGAAAAAGGACGCCGAAGCGAAGCUCCUGCUGGAGGAGAAAGCAGCACGGGAAGCCGAGCUGGCGAAGCUGACACAGGCCAAGGCACGCGUUGAGAUUGUGGAGCAAAUGAUCAACGAAAUCGACCAGAAGGUGCAACAGCGCAAGGAAGCCGACGAAGCAAAGGCUCCCGCCCCUGGUAGUCCAAAGCAGAAGAAGGAGCAGGCUCGCACGCGCAAGGAUUCCGAGUCGAGCAAGAAGAAGGAGACUGAGGAAAAGGCGAAGAAGGAGGCCGCUGAUAAGGCGAAAAAGGAAGCAGAUGAGAAAGCCAAGAAGGAAGCCACGGACAAGGCUAAGAAGGAGGCAGACGAGAAAGCCAAGAAAGAAGCGGAGGAAAAGGCCAAGAAGGAAGCGGAAGAAAAAGCCAAGAAGGAGGCCGUGGAAAAGGCUAAGAAAGAGGCCGAGGAAAAGGCCAAGAAGGAGGCCGCGGAAAAGGCGAAGAAGGAAGCGGAAGAAAAAGCCAAGAAGGAAGCCGCGGAAAAGGCCAAGAAGGAGGCCGAAGAAAAGGCCAAGAAGGAAGCGGAAGCAAAGGCCAAGAAAGAAGCGGAAGAAAAGGCUAAGAAGGAGGCCGCGGAAAAAGCUAAGAAAGAAGCCGAGGAAAAGGCUAAAAAGGAAGCGGAAGCAAAGGCAAAGAAGGAGGCCGAGGAAAAGGCCAAAAAGGAAGCUGAAGAAAAGGCGAAAAAGGAGGCCACAGAAAAGGCCAAGAAGGAAGCGGAAGCCAAGGCCAAGAAGGAAGCGGAGGAAAAGGCUAAAAAGGAGGCUGCCGAAAAAGCCAAGAAGGAGGCUGAAGAGAAGGCUAAGAAGGAAGCGGAAGAAAAAGCCAAGAAGGAAGCCGCGGAAAAGGCCAAGAAGGAAGCGGAAGAAAAGACCAAGAAGGAGGCCGCGGAAAAGGCGAAGAAGGAAGCGGAAGAAAAGGCCAAGAAACAAGCGGAGGAAGAAGCGAAGCGAAAGACAAACGGUGAAGCAGUGAAACAGCAGAACGGAUCAGCUCCAGCAACUCCAACACAGGAAAAACAGGCCGCCCCGAAGCAGGACGCCAAAAACAACAAAAGGAACAAUAAACGAACGCCCAAAAACAGCAUGUCCGAGGACGAAAAAGGUUCCAGCAAAGCGACCGGUUCAAAAAACGGACCAGGCGGCGAUUUUGCCUCCUCUGCUGAACCCGUCUCGGUAGCAAAAUCGCAGGAAACUCUGUCAGCACCCGCUCCAGUCCCCAAGACCCCGGAAGUAGCACCCGCCAGCCCCAAAGCGCAAGCCCCUCAGAAGCCCGCGAAUGGGAAACCGGCCGCUCCCGCGAACGGAAAACCACAAACCCCGCCAGUCAAAGCUCCGGAAAAAGCUCCACCACAGCCAAAGACUGCAGCGCGUGCCUCUCCACCGAAGACCACUGCCAAAGCUCCGUCUCCACCGAAAUCGGCUCCAGCUGCGCGAGCGUCUCCCAAACCAAGCACACCACCAGCGUCCAAAAAGCCCGAACCUCCGCCAAAGCCCGAGUUCCUGAAGCGAAAAUCGCCCUCCGUCGAGAAGGAGAAGAUCGUUAAGGUCGCACCUGCAGCAGCACCUGCAUCGGGAGCCUCUCAGGGCCCAGCAGUGGCCACUCCACCAAGCACAGCACCCGCUCCUGCUUCUCCUGCUCCCGUUCCAGCUCCCGCCACAGUUCCCGCGGCUCCCGCCGGUGAUUCCGCUCCAGAGGGCGCUGCCGCAGCCGUUCGCCUGACCGAGGAGGCACUCAACGGAACGAAGAAGCCCGCUUCCGCCGGAGGUGCGGCCGCAGCAAAUAAGCCGAAACCAGCGCAGAAGAAACCCGAAGUACCACCGAAGCCGGACGUCCACAACAAGAGCACCGCCAAAAUGAAGACCCCCAUCAAGCAGCCGAGCGGCAAGGCCUCCACGUCUGAUUGCAGGUCGCCGGCAGCGGAGCAAAGUAGGGCGGAAGCAUUUAAGAAAAACAUGGACAUUAUAUCGACCAUCGCGGACGUGCUGCUAUCUUAUCCGCGCUCCAAGCGCAAUCGCGACGGAUCCUCGAACGCUAGCGACCCCACUAACAGCUCCACCAAUCCAACUGCUUCCACCAGCCGCGAGGCAUCAUCUGCUUCGCCAUCUGCGCUCUUUGAGUCUCUCUUUCCAUCGCGCCCGAAGCCAUCAUUGUCUGUGGCUGAUGAAACCACCGCCGGUGCCAGCUCAUCGCCUGCAGAUACCCCUAAGCAAAAGCCCAAGCUGGAUCUUGAACGUAUCCUCCGCAUUCUGCAGUCCUCACAGAAUCAACCCCAAUCAGUGACGGAAGCUGCUCAGUCAGAGUCCGCGAGCCAUCAACGUCCAUCUACGUCCGCGUCGGUGAAAUCCGUAGACACUAACCCUUUGGUGGCGGAUACCGAGGAGAAUCCGUUUGGGUCGUUUUUGACGAAAGACGCCAUCCGCAUGCUAAUGCCUACUCUGCAGGAGGUGAAUGUGAAGUUCAACGUCGAGAAGCAGCUGGAAGCGUUAAAUGCGACGGCGGCGAUGGCCAAAAUUCUACCGAAAACGCUACCCCCGGGCACCGACACAACGGAGGAAGACGAGCUGGAAGAGGAUCUGCUCGACGAGGAGUCAGAAGACACGAUCGAGUACAAGUUUACACCGCGACCGGUCUUCAUAGCAACCAUCUGUCAGGUGUGUAAAAAUCCGCUGAAAAACUUUUUCCACUGCGAGCGAUGCAAGAUGGUGUCGUACUGUGGCGAAGAACACCGGCGUGUUGACCAACCAGCUCAUCGGGAUCUUUGCGCGGUACUGUGUGAAAUCGCUUCCAACAGAGGAGGACAUUUGUACCAGCUGGCGCGGAAGCUGAACGUCCAGGAGUACCGGAAUCUGCGCGUCCACACACUCAACCAGAUCGAGCUAACGCUAAAGCGUCCUAUGCUGGCGUUCGAGCGAGAGAUUGUGCUGUUUCCGCGCAUCUGUCUGGCACCAGAUUGUCGCGAAUGGCGACAGGAUAUGCUGACAGAGUGCACGGAUUGCCGGCAAGUAACGUACUGCGCCGCACAGCCAGCACAUCUGCAGGCCUCUCAUCGUCGCUGGUGCAAGGCAUACCUGCUCUUCCAGAAGCUUAUCCUGCGACAGCGCAUUCUCGGGCGGAUUGAACCCGUUCUGCCGUCGCGCAUCAUCACGAAACCGACACUCCUCCCGGCAGGCGUCGAUGACACCUUCAAGCUACUGUACAAAAACUCGGCUGCUCCUCGGGAUGAGUGCGUUUACGCCGUGUUGUCGCAGAUAGCGACGGCUCCAUUGACCGCGCUGCAUGCGUACCAACAGACUGGCUUGCCGUUUGGAAAUGCAUUCACGAUCCACCUCGUAGGUGCUGAGCUGCAGUUCGAGGGCGACACGCUGGACAAGUGGGAAGCGUUCUUCCUUCACCUCGUACCGGAGGUCGCCGUACUGCGUGUGGUUUUCGUCGGACCGGAGUUGAACGUCGAAAAUCUGCCCAUCGAUGUCAUCAGUCGUUUCAGAAUGUGCCGCACCUGUCGCAUGAAGUGUCGCGUGGUGGCCUUUGACUUCCAGUGUCUCACGAUGUACCACGACUACCGGCACAGCUCGCGAUAUCAACGACCCAACCUGAUCUGCUUCUUCAACCCGGGACUUCAUCGUACCACGGGCUACGGUGGUCUGGACACGUGGCCAGCUACGAUUCAUGCUGCCACCGAGGCCAAUUGCCCGAUGGUUGUGACGGCAUAUACCGAGCUUGAAUCUCCGCUAGAUCUGGACCGGCUUCAACGCGAAUCGACUCGUACGCUGCAGAUCGUUCAACCUCCAGCCAUCAAUCCGUUUGGCUCGAAGCGCCCCGAUCGUAACUUCAUCUCGGAUGAGACUGCUCCCAUGAUCUUCAAGAACUACUACUACUUUGUGGUGCGAUAAACCUACGCGGAUCGAAUUCGUUAGUGCUGACCAGCGAAAUAAUUUCCUGCUUACUCAAUCACAAUCCCACGUUUGAUGCGUUCGAUAUAAUGUUCAUGUUCAGCUAUUGUUUUUAGUUUUGGAUGCUUUUAAUAUCUUCUUUUUCAUUCUCCGACGGUUUCCGCCCAACGGACUUCCGUCUGAGGGUACUUCCUUUGCGUACUUUUAAUGUCACAUCGAGCGCCAGGCUGCUCGCUCCCUCGGCAAAACGGCCGGACCAUUUCAACACGAUGUGCAAUAAAUAAUGUGUAUC